AUGUCUUUGAAUACUAAGCUCCUGCAUGAGAAGUUCUCCCAGAACAUCGACUACUCCAAGCUCAAGGGCGACAAGUACGGCCUUCCCAGGGCAUUGCUCAAGAACCUCAAGGUCCAGCUCUUGACGCCUGUCCUUCCGCGCAUGGCGCAGCUUGCGUUUACGUUCAGUCAGCCAUUCUUCAUCGAGAAGUUACUAGAGCAUCUCGGUCAGCCGCAGGUUCCCGCCAACGUGGGCUAUGGUUUCAUCGGGGCUAGCAUACUGAUAUACUCUGGAAUCGCCAUCUCUACGGCCCUCUGCAUGCACAGUAUACCCCAAAUGUGA